AUGCACGCGGAACCUUUUCCAAAUAAUAUACCCGCUUAUCAAAAGGGGCAAACCGAAGAAUCAUCUCAACUAGUACAUAAUAAUGAAGUUGUAGAGAGUGUUACUUUGACGUGUGAGGCUUUUUCCGUUGUUUCAGAAAACACGAAUAUGGAAGUUGCAAUUACGCGACUGCCUCGCAAGGAGUGGCGUAAAUUCAAAAAAAAACAACGCAAAAAGAUGGCGAGAAUAGAAUCCGCAAAAUUAAGGGAACAACAGGAAUUUGAUCGAGACACUAAGGAAAUCAAUGAAACUGAUGAAGCAGAAGAGAGAAAAAGAAAUGCAGAAAGAAUCUUAUGGGAGGUUCGUGAAAGGCAAAUUGAUCAAGCGAAUGCUGAAAAAAGAAAAAAACAAGAUGAAGAGGAGAGAAGAAAAAAAAUAAUUCAGGAAAAUUGGGAAAAAACAGUCAAGAACAUACGAACACAAAAAAUUCCUAAAGCUAAUCUCACGUUUAAUGAGAUCUCAGAAGGUCAAUCGAACACACUGGGUACUUCAAUACCAUAUUCAACUAUAUCUUCUCAUGAGGAGUUGACGACGAAGUCAGAUUACGGAACCGAGAAAGACCAAGUCAAUUGUCCAUUUUAUCUUAAAACAGGGGCAUGUCGAUUUGGUGACUCAUGUGGUCGGCAUCAUUCAUAUCCCGAUAAAAGUGCUACCAUUCUGAUUAAGAAUAUGUACGAAGGCAUGCCAGUUCAAUUGGCAGACGAAGAUAAUGAUGACAAUUUGGAGUUUGACGAAAUAGAAGCUGAACGUCACUAUAAUGAGUUUUUUGAGGACGUGCAUUCUGAAUUUAGCCAAUACGGAACUAUUAUACAAUUUAAGGACGCUCUCAGAGAUCCACAUCCAAACUUAAUGGCGAAGAACAUAGGCAUCGUGACCGAUCGAAAUUGCGGUCAAGCUCUCAUUCUCGAUCCCCUAGGCGACAUGAAAAAGACCGUCGCGGACAAAAUCGCAUUCGCAAACAUUCGAGUAAGAAUCGCAAACACGAAUGAGGUGCAAAUAUAA